AUGUCCACCACAGCCAUCCAACUCACCACCCUCCCCUCCCACCCAAUCUCACGACCAGCAGCCUCCCAACCCGUCCCCCAAGAUGACAUCCUCCUCGCCUCCCGCGAAGCAGACGCUCACGUCCCCGAUGGCGGCUACGGCUGGGCCAUCGUCCUCUCCGGCUCCAUCAUCCUCUUCUGGGCCGUCGGCGCAACCUACGCCUGGGGCGUGAUGCAAGCAGCCCUCGUGGAAGACGGACUAUCCGGUCCCGCGGUCCUCUCCUUCGUGGGCUCCCUCUCCGCAUCCCUAGUAUCCGUCUUUGCUAUCGUGAAUGCAAGACUCAUGCGUAAGCUGGGCCCUCGCAGCACCGCCGUGUGCGGCAUGUCCCUCCUCGGGGGGAGCAUGAUCCUCAGUGGUUUCGCGGUCGGUAGUGUCGGAGGAUUAUUCUGCACGGUCGGUGUAUUAAUGGGCUUCGGGGCAAGCCUGUGCUUCAUCGUCGUCCUCACCAUCCCAUCCCAAUACUUCCGCUCCAAACGCGGCAUCGCAAACGGUCUCAUCGUCGCAGGCGGAGGCUGGGGCGCCGCCGCCAUCUCCUUCAGUCUCGACGCCCUCAUCCGCAAACUCGGUCCAGCAUGGGCAUACCGCGUCCUCGGCCUAACCACCCUCGCAACCGGCGUCCCUGCCGCAUGGCUCAUGAAGGAGCGAAUGCCCCUAUCAACUCCCGGCCUCAUAGAAUGGCGCCUCUUCAAGAGCCUCACCUUCAACCUCGUCUUCCUGUCCGGCGCAAUCGGCACAUUCCCCCUCUACGUAACCCCCUUCUUCAUUCCGCUGUACACCAAAACCCUAGGAUUCACAUCCAGCACCGGCGCCGGCCUCGUCGCCGGCUUCAGCAUAUCCUCUGCCGUGGGCCGAAUCCUCACGGGCUUGGCCUGCGAUAAACUAGGCGCCCUGAACACGUUGUUCAUUUCUAACCUUGUGACUGCGCUGAGCAUGCUUGCCAUUUGGCCGGCGUCAACGUCUCUUGGUCCAUUGGCCGUUUUCGUGGUGCUGAAUGGGCUGAGCAACGGCGGUUUCUUUUCAACCAUGCCUACUGUUGUGAGUAAUGUUUUUGGUAGUGCCAGGGUGAGUGUGGCGAUGAGCAUGGUUAUCACGGGGUGGUUGGGUGGUUACUUAAUGGGGAGUCCUAUUGCGGGAUAUCUGCUUGAGGCGUAUGGCGGUGCGGGUGCCGGACUCAAGGCGUAUAGACCGGCUAUGUUUUAUGCUGGUUCUCUGGCGUUGGCUUCAGCGGUGAUGGUGCUGGUUGCGAGGGUUAGACAGACGGGAAGACUGUUUGCUAUUUUGUAG